UCAGUGGCUGGCAUUUCUUCACUUAGUUUUCUUCCCAGUUGCCCAGUGGGACAGUUGGGUCUCAGCACCUCAAGCGGUUCCAUCAAAUCCACAACUCAACCAACAACUCAACCAGCCAUGAGCAAGUCCUACGCCUCCUCAGCCCAGAGUGCUUCCUCGUACCGUCGCACCUUUGGCUCUGGUGUUGGGUCAACACCAUUGUCAUCGAUGUUCUCCUCCUCUCUAGGAGGAGCCCACAGCUCCGCUUCCAGCCGUAUGUCUAGCAGAGUCUACGAAGUCAAGAGCACCGGCAUUCCCUCUUAUUCCAGCUUCAAGUUGUCUUCUGGGGCCGGGCUCGGCUCCUCCACGGCCAUGCGCACCUAUGCCGGGGAGAAGCUCGACUUCAACCUUGCAGAUGCCAUGAACCAAGACUUCCUCAACACAAGGACCAAUGAGAAGGCCGAGCUUCAGCACCUCAAUGAUCGCUUUGCUAGCUACAUUGAGAAGGUGCGUUUCCUGGAGCAGCAGAAUGCCGCGCUGACAGUGGAGAUCGAGAAGCUCAGGGGCCGCGAGGGGCCAGGGCGUGUGGCUGAGCUGUAUGAGGAGGAAAUGAGGGAGCUGAGGAGGCAGAUAGAGGCCCUCACCAACCAGCGUGCCAGAGUGGAGGUGGAGAGAGACAACCUGGCCGAUGACCUGCAGAAACUUAAGCUCAGACUGCAAGAAGAGAUUCACCAGAAGGAAGAAGCUGAGAACAACCUGUCUGCUUUCAGAGCUGAUGUGGACAGUGCCACUCUCGCUAGGCUGGACCUGGAGAGACGUAUUGAGAGUCUGCAAGAAGAGAUUGCCUUCCUCAAGAAGAUUCAUGAAGAGGAAAUCCGUGAGCUGCAGAGCCAGAUUCAGGACACUCAGGUGCAGAUCCAGAUGGAUAUGUCUAAGCCCGACCUCACUGCUGCUCUGAGAGACAUCCGCAUGCAGUACGAAGCCAUUGCUGCCAAAAACAUUGCAGAGGCUGAAGAAUGGUACAAGUCUAAGGUGUCUGAUCUGAACCAGGCUGUGAACAAGAACAAUGAUGCACUGCGUCAGGCCAAGCAGGAGACCAUGGAAUUCAGACACCAGAUCCAGUCCUACACCUGCGAGAUUGACUCACUGAAGGGCACUAAUGAGUCUCUGCUGCGCCAGAUGAGAGACAUGGAAGACCGCAUGGCCCGCGAGGCUACUGGUUACCAAGAUACCAUUACACGGCUCGAGGAAGAUAUUGCUAAGAUGAAAGAUGAUAUGGCCCGCCACCUGAGGGAGUACCAGGACCUCCUCAAUGUGAAGAUGGCCCUCGAUAUUGAAAUUGCCACCUACCGCAAGCUGCUGGAAGGAGAGGAGAGCAGAAUCACUACCACCAUACCUGUCCAGUCUGCUUAUUCUUCCAUUGGAUUCAGAGAGACCAGUCCUGAGUCCCAGCAUCAGCGCUCAUCAGAGGUUCACUCCAAGAAGACUGUUCUCAUCAAGACCAUUGAGACCCGCGAUGGAGAGGUUGUCAGUGAGUCGACACAGCACCAGCAAGACAUCAUGUAAACAAGAAGAAACAACGUUACGUAAAAAAAAUAAUAGCACCAAUUAUGAAAUCUUUUCCUACUAGAAUUACGAUGAUUAAUAAGCUGUGCCUACUUUUAGAUACAAAAUGCAGUGUCAUGGAAGUGAAAUUUAACCACUAUACAUCCGUACAUAAAUUACUUUAAGCGUCACAGGAAAGAUGCAGUGUAGAGGCACAAUGCCUUUAGCCUUGUUUUAAAUGAAGGGCAUUCCAGGAUGUUUUUCUUUAUUUGUGUUACUUUUCACUGCAAACAAAAAUAACUUGCAUCUAUCUUGUCUGCAAAAAUAUUUUAGUGGUAAGAGUAAUGUUUCAAAUGAAUACAGCUCGUACUGCCGAAUGAUCCCAUCAUCCACUGUAACAAUCAAUAGCAGAUCAAUUUGACUGAAGCACUGCAGUCAGAUAAAUUUCACUGUGUGUAUUCCAGGAUUUUUACAUGUGUAUGCACAUCGAUUGAUUAAGAUAGGCUAUCUCUGUAUACUGAUUCAAGGAAAGUGAGAUGUUGGUUUUAGACUUGAAAGAGAAACAUCUAUUGAAAAUGGAACUCAGUUGUGUUUUGACCUUUGAGCUCUCCAGCAUGUGCUACGUGUCUGAUGGUAUGUGUAUGAGUAACCAUGGUAUCCUCCUUCGCUCUGACAAAAACUCAAAUAAAAGAUUUCACUUGCUGGGCAGAAA